AUGAUAUAUCCGACGCUCUUGCUCUCUUCAUUACCAAAUCUCCUUGCAACUACAAAUUUCCGUGUGAUGACAUUUAAUGUUUGGGACUCGGGAACUAAUGUAGAGAAUGGAGAUGACAAAAUCAUUCAACAAAUAAGAGAUGUAAAAGUUGACGUCUACAACCUACAGGUAAUUUAGAUUAAAAAAAUGUAAGCAUUCCUUUAGGAGAUCCAAAACAAGACUUUUAUCAAGAUUAUGGAAGCAUUCCCACACUUUGAUGGACGGCAAUUUCAUGUGGAUACUUGUCAUGUGGCCACAUUUACAAAGCACAAAAUAAUUCUCGAACAUGAGCCAAUUCGGCGAUUGAACGUUAGGAUUAGGACUCACAUUGGGAAUGAAUUUGAAAUUGUAAACAUGCACUUGCAAUUUCGAGAUUAUGGACCCGAUAUUUUGGAGGCAAACCCAAACCUGACAACCGAAGAGUUACUGAGACUGUCGAGUCAGGCUCAUCCGAGUAAGAAGCAGCGUUGCAUAACUAAAACAACGAUCUUUACAGCUCGUCAAGAAGAAAUCGUCCGAUUGCUUAAUGUUGAUUGGUUUAAGAGAGCUCAAAAAUUAUCAUGGAUCGUCCCGAUAAUCAUCACUGGGGAUUUUAACACUCCAUCUGAUUUGGAUUGGCAAGAAGAUACCAAGUGAGAUGAUCCAAAGACAAUAUAAUUGUAAUUUUUUCAGAUCUCGUCAUCAUGGCCUUGUUGUCCCAUGGCCAGCCACAAAGGCUUUAGAAGACGCGGGAUUGGUUGACUCUUAUCGGAAAAUACAUCCGAGUCCAGUUUCUGAUCCAGGUAACUGCAUUAAAAAUUUUUUGAAACCAUUAUUUGCAGGGAUUACCUGGAGUCCCAUUACCAACAAUAUCCCCCUUGACAGGAUCGAUUUUGUCUUUUACCAAAGUCUCCGACUCAAAGUCAAAAAGUCCUUUACUUACACAGGCAAGGGUGUCCUCACCCCCAUACCCAACCAGAAACAAAACAACUGGCCAUCAGAUCACAGAGCUCUUAUCACUGAUUUCUAUUUACUCUAA